UUCGAUAUUAUUUUCAAAUUUGCAAAGUACACCAAAAUUAAAAGAGUUGUAGCUUUUAUAUGGCACAAUGCCCAUGAGAAACCGGAUACGGAACUUGUUCAGGAGGAACAAGCGAAAGCGCGCGGCAUCCGAGUACCAGGAGCCCAAUGAUGAGGGUGGUGGCAAUGCCCAGGACAGUGCGGAAGAGGCCAAGACGGAGAACAAGGUGGAGAUUCUGCCGCCUCCAUCGAUGGAGGGUGAGAUGCCCACCUACUUCCACGUGGGUCUGCUGGCCAAGAUGUGCCUCACCCACGGCUACACCAUUGGACGCUGGAAGCUGCAGUGCACCUCGAAAACGGAGAGGGAUUUCUAUCUGAGCAGCUUCGGCGAGGGCUUCCCGACGUGGAACUCUGUCUACGGAGGACUGGAGGCGUACAAGGAGCACGGCCACUUUCACGCAUCCCUCGCCUGGUUGUCGGAUGGGGACUUGUUAUCCGAUCUUGGGGCACGUGGUGAUGUGCUGGGCGGGACAUGGUCCACUACAGUGAAGUCUAUGGUCGGCGCGGAUGAAGGAAACAAAUUUCAAUGCAAGCUGAAGUGUGGCUUCGAUCGAAGUCCUGCAAAAUUCGAAAUGUACAUUCCCCUAUACAGGGAUCCUUUAUUUAUGGGCUACAUUCUGAUGGAGCCGGCUAAGAAUUAUUUGUUGGGCUACCGCACGGUGUUCAAUGUGGAGGACAGGGACUUCAGUAUGCACGCCUUCUGCGGAGGAUAUAGCAACGAUAUCACGGAAGUCGGACUGAAACUGGAGAAUUUCGAGACGCUCCGCGGAUCGAUAUUCCAGCGCCUUGGUGAAAAGUGGGCGCUGGCAUUGAAGGCCAACCUGUAUGGAAACGUGAGUGCCAAGAGUAUCUCCAUUGGAGGUCAGUACGAAUGGGAACCUGGAACCCUGCUGAAGGCCAAAGUGCGAGGAGACACCCGCUUUGGGUUCAUCUUGCAGCGGAAACUCCGCGAAGACAUCGAAGUUCUGUUUCAUGUUGGCUUCCAGGGUAGCGAUCCCAUUAAUGGGAAUCUCAAGUUCGGCUCCUCAUGGUACUUCAAUGUGUAGGAUGGCUGGCUGCAUACGUUUGUAUUCUUUUACGAAAUAUAUAACGCUGUUUGUAAUUUUCAAGUUUUAAAAAUGUCAAUCCUCUUGCAC